ACCGCAUUGCGCACCAUGACGCUUCCCGGGGCCCGGGCGGGGGCCCGGGCGGCGGCGGCCACAGCAGCCCAGAAGCGCCGCCGCGCGGAGGGCGCGGGAAGAUCCCUGAAUCCUGUGACCCCGAGCCAGCGCGCGGCCCUUUACGUCCACUGGCCCUACUGCGAGAAGCGCUGCAGUUACUGCAACUUCAAUAAGUACAUCCCGCGCGGCGUGGAGGAGGCAGCUGUGCGGAGCUGCCUGGUGACUGAGGCUCAGACGCUGCUGCAGCUCAGCGGGGUGCAGCGGGUGGAGUCUGUGUUCUUUGGUGGGGGCACCCCCAGUCUGGCCAGUCCCCACACUGUGGCUGCUGUCCUAGAGGCAGUGGCCCAGGCAACUCACCUGCCUGCAGACUCCGAAGUCACAUUGGAGGCCAACCCCACUUCUGCCCCAGCCUCGAGGCUGGCGGCAUUUGGGGCAGCAGGAGUCAACAGGUUGUCCAUCGGCCUCCAGUCCCUGGAUGACACUGAGCUCCAGCUGCUGGGGCGGACACACUCGGCCAGCGAUGCUCUGCGGACACUGGCAGAGGCCCGCUGCCUGUUCCCCGGGCGUGUGUCUGUGGACCUGAUGCUGGGGCUGCCGGCACAGCAGGUGCGGCCGUGGCUCGGGCAGCUCGAGGACCUGCUGCGCCACUGCGACGAUCACAUCUCCCUCUACCAGCUGACCCUGGAGCGGGGCACUGCCCUCUUUACCCAGGUGCAGCAGGGUGCCCUUCCUGCCCCAGACCCUGAGCUCGCUGCUGAGAUGUACCAGGAGGGCAGGGCAAUUCUUCAGGAGGCUGGCUUCCGCCAGUAUGAGGUCUCCAACUUCGCCCGGAAUGGGGCGCUUAGCACCCACAAUUGGACUUACUGGCAGUGUGGUCAGUACAUUGGCGUGGGGCCUGGGGCCCAUGGACGGUUUAUACCCCAAGGGGCUGGAGGCCUUGCUCGGGAGGCUCGGAUCCAGACCCUGGAGCCUGACAACUGGAUGAAGGAGGUGAUGCUGUUUGGUCACGGUACCCGGAAGCGCCUCCCCCUGGACAACCUGGAGCUGCUGGAGGAAGUUUUGGCAAUGGGGCUACGCACAGACGUGGGGAUCACUCACCAGCACUGGCAGCAGUUUGAGCCCCAGCUGACCCUGUGGGACGUGUUCGGAGCGAGCAAGGAGGUGGACGCGCUGCUGGAGCAGGGCCUGUUGCUGCUGGAUCACAGGGGUCUUCGGUGUUCCUGGGAAGGCCUGGCUGUGCUGGACUCUCUGUUGCUGACCCUUCUACCUCGACUCCAAGAGGCCUGGCAGCAGAAAACCCCUUCCCCGGUGCCAGGAGAGUGACAGAUGUCC